AUAGGCAAAUCAAAGUACAGCAGCCAUGGCCAGGCUUCCUCCACAACUCCCUCUUGAAAUAAUCAUCGACAUACUCUCAAGGCUACCUGUAAAGCCUCUUCUACGGUUCAAAUGCGUAUGCAAGUCAUGGCACUCUUUGUUCUCUAAUAAUACUCAAUUUGCCAAAAUCCAUCUUCAACGUAUAAAGCAAGACACCAAAGUCAACAGCCACAAGCUCUUUCUCUUCACUCUUCCUCCGAUAUCCAUAGAUCACGAAGCAUACUGUAAUAAUUCCGAUGGUGAUAUUGUAACAAGAGAGCUGAGUCUUCCACCAAGAGAGCUGACUCCAGACCUGCUAUUUGUGAAAUCUUGUGAUGGCUUGAUUUGUAUUGUUUUUGACUCUAAACUAAUUGUGUGGAAUCCAUCUACUGGACAGUCAAAGGAUUUGCCCUUGACGAAUUCAUUUUCAAAUGAUAUGGUUUUCUUUGAAUUCGGAUAUGAUUCGCGUCUUGAUGAUUAUCAGAUAGUAAAAGGAGUUCAUUCUGGUUCUGCUGAAGCAGUUAAAAUGGAGGUCUUUUCCUUGAAAGGAAACACAUGGAGAACAAUCCAAGUAAUAGCUCCUACAACUGUUUCACGGCUCGAACCAACUUCUCUGAACAACGGGGUUUUGCAUUGGCUAAGUAAAGUAAAUGAUCCAUGCAAAAAGUCUGUAAUUGUUUCAGUCGAUUUGGCAGAGGAUAAAUUCCUGGAGAUGACACCAGUACCAGAUUAUAUUCCCAAAGAUACGAGGAUAUAUAUAAAGGUUUUAGGAGAUUGUCUAUAUGUAUACGCUAUUGACACAGUAUAUUGGGAGGCAUGGAUAGUGGAGGGAAGUGGCACCAAGGCUUCUUGGACUAGACUGUUCAAAUACUGUUCAAAUCCUACAGUAUUCGUUUGGACUGAAUGUUCGCUUCAGAUAUUAUGGGUUUCAAAGAAUGGUAAUAUACUGUUAAACACUGAUGGAUGGGAAUUAGUUUUAUAUAAUCCCAAAGAACAGACUUUAAAACAGUAUAGAGUACCUAAUGAUGGGGACGACGGGUUUUUGGCGACUGCUUACAUGGAAACUCUUGUUUCCCCUAAUGCUCCUGAUGGCUCUAUAAUAGAAUAAAGCAUGUCACGCCCUUUCCUUUGUGGUGGAUUUCAUUUGUGUUCGAGUGCCUUGUUGAUUUUUAUUAUUAUUAUUAUUAUUAUUAUUAUUAUUAUUAUUAUUUACAUUGCAAGCAA